AUGAUCAGUAAUUUCCAAGCAGAGGUUACUAGGAUUAUCGCUGAGCAAUGGAAAAAGAUCAUGGGUACGUUUUCAGAGACAGAAGUCGAUUUUUUACAUCAACAAGAUCAGAAGAUCUUCUCAAUUAUCACUGUAGAUCACAUUAGCAAGAACGGUUAUCGAGUUCAAUCGCGAGUUGAAUCAGCUUUACAGAAAGUCAGCAAAUCGGUAGAUAAAUUUUUGGAAGGAAUUGAAGAAGAUCAAAUAGAAAUUGGUAUCAAGAAAGGGAAAAUUAGAGCCAAAAUUCAAUGCCCAGCAGAAUAUCCAUACAAAUUCACAGAUAAUUAUCUUAUGCUUAAAUUUUGUAAAAGGGCAACUAAAAUCGAUUACUUAAACAAGAAAGCACAAUAUUUGAAUGACAUGAUGGCUCUUCUUGCAUUAAUAAAGCAUUUUUGUGACGUUGUUCGUGAACAAAAAUUUUAUUUCAAAGUUACAAUCAAUAAAGACAUGGUAAAGAACUAUUUAUCGAGUUUUGAAACGGAAGCCGGUGCAGUUGAAUUAAAAAAGAGCAUAGAAAAAAUGAAAUCUUCAUUGAAAGGAAUUAGGAGAUCAAAAUCAGUAACUCUCACUACAGUUGAGAAUACUAUCUUACAAAAAGCAUUAGAUAUAUUUGAUACAGAUCUAAAUUAUUUCAAAGAUUCCGGAUAUAUCGAAAAUAUCUUUUGCAGCUAUUUGGAUACAGAUCCAAUUGAAGGAACAAAAAAGGCACUCGGAACGGUCUGCAAUCAAGCAUUAGAAAAGCCAGAAACUUCAGGUCAAAAUAUUUUCAAGCUUGCAGAAGUUUUUGCCAAUCAAAUUGAGAACAAGGCCAAACAAUUCAAACCGAUAUUGUUUUUGCUCCUUUCCAGAGUUGUUUUCAGUGAAAUUUACGAAAAUUAUUUUUCAGAAAAACUAAUGAACGCAAUCAGAGGAAUUGGUCGUUAUUCUUUAUUGCGAAAGUAUCCACCCGAUUAUUUCGGAAUCAAGACCACAUUUUUACCUCCAAAAUUAGUCAAUCUUCCGAUUGAGAAUUUUCCGAAGUCAAAUGAGUACGAAACAGUCAUUUCCAUCCUCAAAUUAUUACCUUAUCAAUAUUGUCCAAUUGAUUUCUGCUACUAUGCGUACAGUGCCGUUCAAAGAAUGGAAGAAAUCGCAUCCACAAUUUCAAUUACAGAAAAAGUGAAAAAUACCGGCCAAAUUGUGGCUUUGAGCGACCACGCAUUAUGCACAGAUGAUUUAAUUGACAUUUUGAUGAUUUUGAUGCUAAAUGCAGAACCUCCUGACAUUGCACCAUUAUUAAAGGUGUUUGAACCUUACAUUAAUGGUCUUAUGCUUCCACAACAGUUCAUAUUUGCAUUUAUUACGUUCAAAACUGUUUGUGAUAAAAUUGAUGAACUUGAUGUUGGAAAAUUCGUUGAAAAUGCAAAGGUUAGAGAUGCUGCAUCAUAUUCGGAAGAUCCUCUUGGUAUUUUUAACUUUAAGUCUAUCGUCUAA